AUGGACGACCCUGUGGCCGAGAUACCACACAUCAUAAAGACACUGGUUACCGCGCCGUCUGAUGUACAAUCCGACACCAUCAAGUUAUAUUUCACGCCCGCCGCAUCAUUCACCCACCCAUUUUGCAGAACGGGGAGUUUUCCCGGUUCGAUCUGGCUCAUCAUCAUGAUUUACCGCUGGUACAAAAUCCUCAGCCCUCACGUCGACAUCUGGAUUGACAGUGUUGCAUUCGACAAAGAAAAGCUUCUCCUCUACGUGUCGAUGCAUCAGGAUUUCAGACUCUGGGUGGUCCCAUUCUACAUCGCUCCCGUCAAACUGGUCACCGUCUUGCAGCUUACCACCGAUCCCACAUCACAGGCUCCGGACGAGUCUGCUCCGCAAGUGGAGAAAUCGCCAUUGAAACGAGCGAAGAAAGGCAAGGGAGGGGGUCAGGGCAGGAGGAAGAGCAUGAUCUCAUUCGAGGGUAAGAGCAAGCGGGAUGCUCCUGACCGCUCUUCUGAUCAGUACGUAGGCGACGACAGCGAUGACGACGACAUAAAGUACUUUAUUCAAUCCCAGGACGAUCUGUACCAAACGAGCGAGUGGAUCAAGUUCAUACUGCCAUGGGGAGUGGGUGUCCUGUUGAUGGUCCUUUGGCAAUUCUGGGCGACAUUUCUGUGUGUUGUGGGAACCAAGGUCGUCGACACCAUCCUGUGGUUGCCACGGAAGUUGUACUUUUCAGAUGUUGAGAUCUUUGAUAACACCGCCAACAAAGCGCUUGGGCCUGAUUGA